AUGGCAAAUGCUUGUCGAGAUUCUGAGCCUCAGGAUUUGGCAACUUGGAAAUUUGCACGGUGGGCAGAGUCCAUUUGCAUCCUGAGCCCUGUCGAGCAAGAUGGAUCUCACGAUGUGAGCAAAAUUGAGAGCAAGAUGAACAUUAACAAAGCUUUGGACAAGGAGUGGGAAGGGUGGGCAAUGUCCUUCCUUCUGGAUGCACCAUUGUCGGCCUUUGCAGGCUUGACUCCAGCCAAGGAUCCCAUCUUCGAGUCAAUAGGCUUGACAUGCAUUAAAGAUCUUGGAGAAUGGAAAUACUAUCGAUGGGCAAAGGCCAUUUGCGCGCUUGCAGAAGUUGAGAGUGAGAAUGGUUCAUCCUAAUCUUCCAGGUUUGGAGCGUUAGGGCCUGGUUUUAGUUUCCGAGGGCAAAAUGCCUUUCAUUUCAGCCGGACUGCGCUGAUAACGCAACCUGAAACAUAGCAAACCGAUGCAAACCGCAAGCAGUCCAAA